CGGAUGCUAGCUGAGACGUGUCCCUCCGACGUGCCCGGGUGUGGCAUCACAACCAUCUGCAUCUCAGCCGACUGACUCUGCAGGUGGGCAGUGGGAGACCUCCGGCAUCGAAGAGUCACCAUCAGGCAUCGUGUUUCUUCGACCCCAGUUCCCACACGGUUUCUUUCCAUCUGAAGAGGACCGGGUAUAAGCAGGAUGCAGUAUCCCCUCUGCUUCCGGCCGACAUCCGUUGGGUUGUGGGUCAUUCUCUGCCUGGUCUUCGGGGCCGCUGUCAUCUCCUGUAGCUCUCCCUGUCACGACAUCGCCCCAUCCAAUGUCAAUUUCGUGUUCAAGCUGUACCACCGGCUGACUUCCAAAUCCCAGAACCACAACAUACUUUACUCACCAGUGGGCAUCUCGUCCGCCUUCGCUACCCUCUUCCUCGGGGCCCGAUCCAACACCCAGACACAGAUCUUGGAGGGCCUGCAAUUCGAUCUCAAGGAGAUAUCAGAGGACGAGAUCCUCGGGGGCUACCGGUGCAUAGAAAUCAACCUCAACUUGCCAGGUGGGUUGCCGAACACGAAGAUAGGGAGUGCUCUGUUCGUUGCCCCUGGUGCAUUGCCAUCACCAGAUUUCAUAGAUGAGGCUGCUGAUGUAUUUGGAUCCAAGAUCAUUUAUGCAGACUUCCUGGACCCUGAGGAGGCAAAGCAUCAAAUAGACGAAUACAUCAAGGAGCAGACACUUGACAGGAUUAAGGAUGCGAUCCCCAGGCUGGAGAAUUUUACCUGGCCGGUCCUCGUGAGCACCCCAUUCAUCGAAGCCCAGUGGGAACUCCCCUUUAAUGCCAGUCAGACCAUAGAGGAGAUGGACUUCUUUGUGGAUGACAGUACAGUUGUCAAGGCCCCUGUCAUGUACCAGAAGGGUCCGUUUUACGCCUACCGUGAUGAGGGGGUGGCCUGCACAGUGGUCCAAAAGAAAUUCAUCGGCUCAUCCGGCGUUAAUUUCAUCCUUCCCGACGAAGGGAAGAUGAAGCAGGUAGAAGAGGCUAUGAGUGGAGAGCUCCUUCUCAAGUGGCUUUACAACCGUGUUCAGAGGGACCUGGAGCUGUAUAUCCCCAAGUUCUCUCUGUCAGCCACCUCUGAUCUGGAGGAGAUCCUCUCUGACAUGGGAGUUGAGGACCUCUUCACCCAGCGGGCUGACCUCUCCAGUCUCACCAACCAGUCAGGUGUGGCUGUCUCCAAGGUGAGGCACAGUGCCACACUGGAGAUGAAGGAAGAUGGCCUCAUAGCUGCAGGGUCCACGGGCAUAGUGGUGUCCUCAGGGCCAGCACACCCACUGCCAGCCCCAUCCCACUGCUCCUUUCCCAUCCACUCUGAGGGGACAACGAUGACCUUUCAGUCACCCAUCCUCUUCAACAGGCCCUUCCUCAUGGCUGUCUUUCAUGGACGUGCCUACACCACACUAUUCUGGUUAAAGGUUGUCAAUCCAGCUCUCCAUGGAGGUCAGAAGGACCCCUAAGAUGGGGUAUGACUCCUCUGAUCCAGAAAGAUCUCUGCCUCACAGCCGUGACCCCGCUCAACAUUCUCUGUCUCCCUCGGCUACUCUCCCCAACAAUCCCAGCGGCCAAGCUGUUAGAGGAAUUGGGACAUCUCUUUCUAAAUAAAUCUACCAUGUCAGACCAAA